AGUACCUUACAAAACCGAGACCAAUUCCAUUAUCGCGACACGAACACAUUGGGGGCACGACUCCUGGACCAUCCAAGUAUCCAGCAUCGAUAUCCCUCACCAAGGGCAGCGCGGUGCUCAUCGUCGUCCUAUCCUAUCCUUGAGCCUCGCCUACAAUCGUUUACCCGCACCACGGGCUUGGGAUGCCUACCCACUUAACGAGGUAGCCGGUAAUAGCCGUCAGCCAACAUGGGCGAAUCUCCAUCGUCGGGCUGGUCAACGCGCGAGGCUCAGGUCGUCUCAGAACACCUCCCGCCUGGAUUCUCGGCCGCGUUUGAUGGCGAACCCUCCGUUCCCGCCCCUCUACCGCCAUCCAGCCCAGACCCUUCGGAUUCGGGGACUGGCCAUUCGUCUCUGAAGCUCCAAGGUGGCGAUGUGCAUCGGGACCUUUUCAAGACGGCUGCCAGGGCCCGGAGGCAUAGACGAGCGGCGACAUUCCAUCAUCAUCCGCCGGAACCCCCCGGGGAUUACGACGGGCAUGAUGGCUUGACCGUUGGUGACCACUUGGCUCCCGGAGGAUUUCGGCGGGCAUUCCUACAGCAAAGGCAGGGGCGCGACCCUCGGCACGAGUCAUGGGCCGCUAGAGUCCCCAUCACCCGCAAUUUCGUAGAAUUUCUCGAGCUGUACGGCCACUUUGCCGGAGAGAACCUCGAGGACUCCGACGACGAAGCGGUGCAAUCCGCCGGCCAGGAUGAGGAGCACGAAGCAGAUGCGAGGGACGUAGAGGAAGAGGGAGAGACCAGACCGCUUCUGGGGGAUCGCGGGGCUCAGGCAGCGCAGCGUUCGGCCACGGCCGGCACUAAGCAGACUUUUUUCACCUUGCUGAAGGCAUUUGUCGGGACCGGCAUCAUGUUUCUGCCUAAGGCGUUUAAUAACGGUGGCAUCUUGUUCUCCGCUAUCACGAUGCUAGUCGUCUCGCUGGUCACCAUGCUGGCAUUCCAUCUGCUUCUCGCCUGCAAAGCGAAAUUCAACGGCGGAUACGGCGACAUCGGCCAGGAGGUUGCAGGUAGCAAGAUGCGCACGCUGAUCCUAGGGUCUGUAGCUCUGUCGCAGCUAGGCUUCGUCUGCACCGGCAUUGUCUUCACGGCGCAAAACGUCAUGUCCUUCCUCCAAGCUGUAGCGCAUGGCAGCCGUCUACCAUCUUCUACGGCGCUGAUCCUUACGCAGCUCGUCGUUCUAAUACCCCUUGCCUUCAUCCGGAAUAUUGCUAAACUGGGGCCGGUCGCGCUCGUCGCGGAUGCUUGCAUCUUGCUGGGGGUGGCUUACAUCUACUACUACGACUUUGCCCACCUCCUGUCCGACGGCAUACAUGAGAGUGUCGUGCUCUUCAACCCUGCAAAGUACACCCUGACCAUCGGGUCGGCUAUCUUUACAUUUGAAGGCAUCGGGCUAAUUUUACCAAUCCAAUCCUCGAUGACGCAGCCGGAGCGGUUCGAGUGGCUCCUCGGCGUCGUGAUGAUCAUCAUUACGGUCCUGUACACCGCGGUCGGCGCUCUCUGCUACGCCACCUUUGGCGAGAACACUUCGAUCGAGAUCAUCAACAACUUCCCGCAGGAUAGCAAGUUCGUCAAUGCCGUGCAAUUCCUCUACUCGCUCGCCGUCCUCGCCGGGACUCCGGUCCAGCUGUUCCCCGCCGUACGCAUUCUGGAAGGGAAAAUUUUCGGCUCGCACUCGGGUAGAAAGAAUCCCCGAACGAAGUGGAUCAAGAACGCCUUCAGAUCUCUUGUCAUCCUCGCGUGCGGCGCCAUCUCUAUCAUGGGCGCCUCAAACCUAGACCGGUUCGUUGCCCUCAUAGGCUCAGUGGCCUGCGUCCCAUUGGUCUAUAUCUACCCGCCGUACCUGCAUUACAAGGGGGUUGCAACUUCGCGGGCUGCCAAAACGGGAGACAUCAUAUUCAUGGUGGUCGGAGCAGUCGCCAUGGUGUACACGACAACCGUCACCAUCAUCAACAGCUUCUUAAGCUAGCUAGAUAGAUACUACCACCUUAGGUCUUUUAGAAGGGAGCUCUCGCUCCUAGAAUUCUUGGGCAUGGGACGACGCAGCGGGGAGGAGGACGAUGGUUGCGGCCUCCAACUGCCGGGGUUAACACAUAGAUGAGGAGUUUGGGUUUGGGUUCUCGGCAACAACUGGUCUACUCUGGCGACUUAGAACACCUCUUCUCAUCUGUCUCGGGGGCGGCUAAACAUGGGUAUCGGCAUGCUGAAAGAAUGCGGAGCGAAGAAUGUUAUUGUGUAGCGACUCUCUGGUUGCUCGUUUGCAUUGGCAUCGAAGCACUGGGUUCUUAUGUAGGUGGUGCAGUAUGUCUACACAGUUUACAGCCUACGGCACUGUUUACCACUCCUCUUUCUACACUGAAUGUGAGCCAGAGUGGCGGCGGUCGCGCCUGUGUCGACGUGGUUCUUUUUACUUCGUCUACCACAAGUGCUAGAGGACGCUGUAAGUGGUGACCAAACAACCCAUGUUGAUACAGCGAUGCCCACCCACUUGAGGGAGAUGAGC